ACCUUCUAUUGUAACAUAAUCUGCUGUGACCACCAAGACUUUUCUGUCUUGCACAGGAAAUUACAUGUGGUUUUCUAACGGUGCUCUAGCUGAGACCAGGCUACUCUUCUAACCCUGUUGCUCAAGAAGUACAUCUGUUUGCUUAAUUUAGCUCUUCACAGUAUUCAGUGAAUACAUGGGGAGGAGUUCAGCACACACUGCAUACUGACAACUUUUAUGAUAUCGUUUUAUCAUAUGUACAAAGUUCAGUGGAAUAUUUCGGCCACAUUUUGUGGCUUUGCUGUUGGUCUUACGUACAGAGAUAAGAUAUAUCCCCAAAAGAAGAAGACAAUGGUACAAUUGCAAAGUAAGCAUGGUGCAAAGCUUCAUACCCUUGAGGAGUUGCGGAAAUCAGGAUUUGGGCGACCUUCUCCAAGACACGGCUUAAAGCUCCUCUACUGGUUUGUCAACAACUGUUUGGAGUUAGAUUUCCAUGACAACAUGUUAGCACAAUGCCACCCAGAGAGAGGGGACUAUGGCUUCCACCACUUUGGCAACUUUGAGGAAAUUCUCCCUUUACUUGCACCUAACUCAAGAGAGACAUACUUUGAAGUUGGCAAUCUAAAUCCAGAGCGGUAUCCCGAAGCUUUGGAUCUUCCCAAUUAUGUGAGAAAGAAGUACGGGGUGGCACGCAACUUCCAAGAGAGCAACAAAGAUCGCAUCAUUAUAAGAUACAAGUCCCCCAAUUUGAUUCUGAAGGUGUACAUCACACGACACCACGCUGAGGGCUUUAAUGCAGACCGCACUCACCCCUUGAGCUACAACCUCAUAGAGAACAUCAAACACCCUGAUCUGGAUCUAGGGACCUUCCUAAUACAGACUGGAUACACCAGGCCCCAGUCUAUGCCAUACCAGAGGGAGAACAUAUUUGCUCUGAUUUUGCUGGUCAUUGUUAUUGUUGCUGUUUUGCACUUUCUGGGCAUAUUUUAGCAAAAGGGCAUUAAAUAGGUGCAGGACUAAUCAAGACUGAUUUAAUCCUUUCAUGGGUAGUGUUCAAUGUUAUUAACAACACAUAUACGAGCCAUUGGUGACGUAUAUCUACGCCCAUAACCAAGAAUGCAUAACCAAGAUUAUUAACUAAAACUUGAUGUAAAAAUGUCUCAGCUGAUGGUACGUGUUUUUUUUUCUAGAACACACUGGAAAUAGUGCUGUACCAAUAGUGAACCAAUGAAUAUCACACAAUGCAGUUAAAGGUAGAGUCUGCAAUUCUGGAGAAAGAACACCCCUCUUGUCAGUGCUCUUGAAGCAAAGUGAUGAUUGGCUAGAAUGAAUCAUGUCCCAGGCCGGGCGACUCCGUUUGUUUCCCAUUUACAGAGCCAGGACUGAGUGUUUUUGAGCACACACACUGAACAGACAGCUGGAGUACCCUGAGGAGCAAUUGAUGGAAUUUGACAAAAAGUGAACUACUCCGCCUUUAGGUGACUUUCAUUAAGCAGUAGCCUACAUCAUGUACUCAUUAUGCAAUGUUAGGGAUUACACACACCCAAUGCUACCAACAGAGUGCAGCAAUAUCCUGUAAAUAUACAGUAGCUACAGGCAGCGAUGAGGGGGCCAAGCAGACCAGUGGGCCAGAGUUGCCAUGGAAACUUGAUGUCAUGUCAAGGACAUGGCUGUAAGCACUCACACAAGUUUCAUGUCAAUUGAUCAAAGAUUGGCU